AUGGUUGCGGUGGAGGCGGUGAUGAAUAAUCCAGGAGGAGGUGGAAAAGGAGGCAAAGGCGGAGGAAGCGAUAAAAAUAGUCCAGGAGGUGGAGGGAACGAUCAGGAUAACCCAGGAGGAGGUGGUGGUCACGGUGGCAGCGGCGGUAGUGGAGGUCCAGGAGGCCAUGGCGGAGGAAAUUCCCCGGGUAAAGGCGAUGACGGAGGAAAUCCUCCGAGUAAAGGUGGAGGAGGUUCUGGGGGUAGCCCAGGUGGCGAUACUAACAACGGUCCACUUCCAGCCGGAAAAGAAAUAGCACCAGGGAUUAUACAGGCACCCCCUGGUACUCCAGACUUCACGUUUUAUGAUCAUGGAAAGUAUUACAGCUAUCAAGGUAUGAUCUUACCUAGCCACGAGAUGAAGCUGAUGUAA